GCAGCUGAAGUCCGGACCGGAGAGACGCGCCGAGGACUUUCCCGGAUCACUCGGACCCCAUGAGGCGCACCGCGUCCUCUUCAGCCUAAAAAAACCCCAAAAUAAUAAUAAUCAAACAAAAAGGCAGAGGAGGAGGUGGUUGCGUCUGUCCGCGCGCGCUGCGUCCUCCUGCGCGCUGCGUCCUCCUGCGCGCUCUUUCAAUCGAGUGUUUGGAGUAGCUGAUUGUGUUUGUGAGCGCAUGACGCACGGAUAGCUGUGGCUUCUUCUCAGGACGCGCGUCUGUGCCCGCGGCGCGCAUGGAUUACUGCGGCUUUCACCGUUUUGGACGAAAAUAACGCACAUCCAGACGCGCGGCGCGCACACUCCGAUGAAAGAUUCCCCUCCAGGGUCAGCUGUGCAUCGAAUUACGAGUCCGAUCGACGGUCCCGGUGCUGUUUUGUCCCUGUUGACCCCUCUGGACCCAGUUCGCCAGGCAAACAGACUUCCCAUCCGAGUUCUCAAGAUGUUGACUGCGCACACUGGUCACUUGCUGCACCCGGAGUAUUUGCAGCCUUUGACAUCCGCACCAGUGAGCAUCGAGCUGGACGCUAAGAAGAGCCCCCUGGCCCUCCUGGCACAGACCUGUUCUCAGAUCGGUAAAGCAGACCGUCCCUCCUCCUCCAAAUUGGGUUCUGUCUCCUCCUGCACUCAAGGGAACAAGGAGUCCAACAGCCGGUCAUCUGUAUCCAGUUUGAAGCUCGAGGAACGCCGCCCCUCCCUGGAGGACAAGUCCAGCUUCAAGCCAUACAACAAAGGGAGUGGAGAGAGUCGCCGAGACGGCGUCAACAGCAGCGAUAAAGUUGGGUUCAGGGUCCCCAGCAACAACAUUAACUCUAAUUCGUCCAGCGGACAUCCGUCACAUCCUCCCCACGCCACCUCACCCAGCUCUGGGGAAAGUCCACCGGAUCAGCCACACAAACCGAGCCACUCCCCCAGCAGACAGCACAUGGUGCACUCCCAGACUCCAAACAGCGACGUCGGACACGAGCAGAGCAGUCCGAACAGCACCAGCAGCGUCGGCGGCAAAAAAGACCCCGAAGUACUGAGCAAGGCCACGGCAGAGAGUCCGCACCUCGCCAACUCGAGCCAGGUGCGAGCCAGCACGAACUGCAGUAACAGCAGCUCUGACAGUGGUUCCAACCACGAGGGCGGGAAAGCGGAGCUGGCCCAGCCGAGCCUGAGCACUGGACAUAUUACUCCCAUAUCUCCUUAUAAGACAAGCCAAACCCUUUUCCCGCUGCCCUCCUCUAGCGUGGGCUAUCACGGGUCUGUAGUCGGGGCCUACGCUGGAUACCCGUCCCACUUUGUCCCAGGACUGGACCCGACAAAGUCAAGCCUUAACGUGGGGACUAUGGGAGUUCCUGGAAAGCAUCCGAGCUCCAGCCCCCUCACGGGAGCCUCCCCUCCGUCCUUCAUGCAGGGUUUAUGUCGGGACCCUUACUGCCUCAGCUACCCCAGUGUUUCCCACCUUGGCGGAAGCAACUGCAACUCUUGCAUCCAUGACCCGUCCUCCACCCUCAAGUCGAGCUUCCCGUUAGUGUACCCCUCCCACCCCCUUCACUCCCUCCAUCCCAGCUCCCUGUCAUCCAGCAGUUCCUCCUCCCUCUCCCAUCCUCUCUACACGUACGGCUUCAUGCUCCCUAAUGACCCCCUGCCUCACGCCUGCAACUGGGUCUCAACGGGGGGGCCGUGCGACAAACGUUUCUCCACCUCAGACGAGCUCUUGGCUCACCUCCGCACGCACACGGCUCUGCCUGUGGGGAUGGAUGGUAAGCUGCUGUCCGUUUGCCCUACUGUCUCCACCUCUGGACCCGCCUCCUGUCACCUUCACCUCCCCCAUCAGAGUAGCCCCGCCUCCAUGCCCAGCUCCCUCUCCCUCAGACCUCCCCACAGCCUGGGGUUAGCGCGCUACCACCCCUACAGUAAGGUCCAUCUGCCCCCCGGACCGUCCUCCAUGUCCUUGCACUCACUGCCGACCACAUCUCCAUACUACCCUCAUUACGCCCUCUACAGUCAAAGACUGGGCUCUGCAUCCGCUCUGGGCUACCAGUGAUACGUGAGUUGCAGCGAGACUUGAAGGCACUGUUGGAUUUUGCCUGAGCAAACUUUACCAGAUUUGGUGUUUCUGAUGAAGCGGGGGUUCAGAGGACGUGCAGCUCCUGCGUGUCUGCGCACUGCACAGACACUUUGGCAACACCCGGGACUGUUGUUUUUUUCCAUGCCGUGGGCACAGAAGAUUGAUGGUUGGAUGCAUGCUGCGUAAUAGCUUUUGGAUGUUCAGGGUUCCUGCAGCAAUGAGCUGAUUUAGUGUAUAAAAGUGCAGCGUGGCAUGGAUGGCCACAGACAACCGCGCGUGGAGAUGCAUGCGAGCUCGAUGCAGCAUCCGAACGUUGUGUUUAUUCGGCCUCCGGGCCGCGAUCAUUUGUUUUGGUUUUGUUUAUUCCUACUGAGAGGCUGUAUUUAUUUUAAUCUGGCUUUCAAGUUGGCUAUCUUAAAUCACUUCUCAUUUUCCAGUCCUCUGAGCAGAUCUGUGGAAAACCAGAUGACAGAUGCUGAAUAUUUUGUGUCUUAACACAUCUUUGGGAAUGAAUGUUGAAAUCACAUCUCUCUCUCCGGAGGCCUCGGGUUCUUGAUUUUCUCUCGUUCUCUCUCUCUACUUCUUUUUAUUUUCACAGCAAAUCAAUACAACUGAGAUGUGAUAUUUUUUGUAAAACACCUGACUGGAAGACAUUAUGGUGACGUCCAAUUUAAAGGGGAAGUCAUAUUUUGUUAAAUAAAUCACAAGGAGGAUGCA